AUGCCUACAAGUAUCUUGAAGAAAUUUGAUAAUAAUUAUGAGCUAAGCCUUGGUCCUGGCUCAUAUAGAUCAGCCACACCAACUCCAGGCCCUGCAUAUCAAUUUGACACAUCCCCUAGAUUGGCAAGUCCAAUCGAGCACCAACUUAGCUCUGUCUUGAUUAGAUAUAGUGGAAGCAAACAAAAAUUUGCUAAUAGAGAUAUUUCAGCACGUGAUAUUUCUUUGCAUACACGUAAGAAAAAGAAUGAUUUGCUCAAAGAAAAAUCUCAACAAAGAUUAAUUGAUGCAGCUCUGACAAAAAAAACAAAAGAGUUUAUUCAAAUAGCUAACUCCCCCCUUCGUAAGCGAGCAAAACUAUUAGAAAAAUCCCUAUUUUUUGCCCAAAAGCCCACCCUUUCUGAGCGAGCAACAAUUUUUUAAUAGAAAAAUUCUUUAUUGAAAAUAAUUUUUUGAUAUAUAAGUUGAUAAGCUAAUUCUGUUAAUUUGAACAAAUUACGUUUUAAAACAUAAAUUUUACAAAUUAAAUUAAGUGGGAGUUUUUUACAUUCGAAAAAAAAAAAUUAACCCCCUCCGUGACUGAACUAGUUUUUUUUUUUCGCUCACGGAGGGGGGAGUAAGCAUGAAAAUCUUGUAAAAAGUCUUGAAGAAAAAUAUGCUAAAUAUGAAUUCAGGAGAAAUAGAAAAGAAAUCUUACAGAUCAAACAAAACUGAGGAAUUCUAUUUAUAAUUAUAGCAUCUUCAUGAUCGUGAAGACAGCAAUUUAAUAAGCACAAAAGGUUCAAAGAGAAAGUCAAUUUCUUAGGAAAGUGGUUUACAAUAAUGUGUUUGAUAAUUGGGAAGAUUAGGCUUAGAUGCAAAAUGAUUAAAAAUAGGGAAGCUUGGAAUGCCCUAAGAAGUAAAAUGACUCGAUAUAUAAGAAACUGAAAGUUGAAUCGAAAAAAUAAGCAGUCACAGAUUAUGGUGAACUUUCUUGAUUGAUCUCUGAGCCAUGCACAAGCAUAUCAGAUAAUUAAACGAUUUAGGAAAAAAAUAAUUUUAAUCCAAAAAAGUCUCAAAUCAAUGAAGCUAAUUCAUAAAGCAAGAAUUGAUACCCUAAUGCUACUGUGAUCUAAAACAGAGCCACAGAUAGAGAUCGAUCCUAAGAAAAAGCAAAAUAUCAACAAUCAAUUUGUUCCUGAAAAAAUAAAGCUUCACUACUUGAAACCCUAUCUAUUAAAAAAGUUAAAAGAAUUUUCAAAAGAAAUUAGCCAACAUUUUAGAAUGAUAAAAUCAAGAGAAAUUGAAUUAUCCAUGCAAAAGCAUAUGUACGAAAUUGAAAGGGCUGUGACUGGUAAGAAAUUUAACAUAAGAAAUCUUCUGCCUAAAAGACCUAGGUUUAUUUUAUACACUUGUAAAAUCGAAUUAAAAGAUGUUAUCAAAAAUGCACUGAAAGAUAAGGACGAUUGAAGUACCAUUUUGGGUACGAAAGUUAAUGACACUAAAAGUUUAUUGGCUAAACAGUUUUCAAUUGCAUCAGCAGAAUCUCACAAAGUGAGAAAAAGGAGUAGAAAAAAGAAAAAGAUCGUUUUUGAAGAUAUUGAAAUAGCAACGAGAAGUCGAAGCCGAACUAUUCGAAAUAAUAGGCCAAAUCAGAUUUUGCCAGCACCAUCUAAAGCUUUAUUUUCCAGAUAUGAAGUAAAGAAUGCUAUUAUCGAAGAAUCUGACCCUAGCUUCCAAAAUUUGAGAGGGCAGCCAACAGAAGCGAGCUUUAAAGAGAGUAAAAUGGAUAUUGAAGAAGAUGAAGAUUUUGAUUUUAAUACUAUUAGAGUCAGACAGAGAUCAAGAACCAGAAGAUAA